AUGCGCAGUUUUGAGCUGGUUUCCCCCCACGCCCGACCCCAAACGUCCACUGUCUCUGAUACUUCCGACGGAACUGUAUUUGAAAGCUUGUAUCAUAUAAGCCUCGCAGUCACUAUGCGUUUCACACCCUCGGUAUUCGGCGCGCUCGCCCUUGCGGGUGGUGCUGCCGCCGUGGAAAUGGCAGUCAAUGAAGAGCUUGCCAGCUCUUUCUACGACUCUGGACUGGCCAUGGACCAAAUCAUGACCGCCAAGUUGGCACACUGGGAAAUGGAGGAGGAGAUGGGUAUCAUGGCCGCUGAGUUCCCAGCAUGGCACAAGAGAGUUCGUUGCUCGAAUGGUAUUGCCGAUGCUCUUCCUGGUGUACCAGGCCAUCAAUUCAAGUGCCGCAAUAUGGACUUGUACUCAUUCAUUCCCAUGGCUGAUCUUGGCUGCCCGAACGCAAUGGGCUCCGGAUCUUGGGGAUGGACUGAUGAGGAGUCAGGGCGUGAAUUUGUUGCCGCCGGUUGCUACUAUGGGACAGCAUUCAUGGAGAUUCUCCCUACCGGACAGCUUGUCAAGCUCGGUUUCCUCACAUCCUACGCAGCACUCGGCUCAGGAUCCAGAUGGAAGGAGCUUCGUGGUUACAAGAACUACAUGGUCAUCGGCAGUGAACUUGAUAAUCAUGGAGUUCAGAUCUUCGACAUGAAGAAGCUUCUUACCGUCGACCCCGCCAGCCCGGUAACUUUCGAUGGUACCAUCAGCACCAGCAGUGACUUGACCAGUCACAUCCAGCCGUCUGUUUUCGGCCGUUCUCACAACGUCCAUGUCCACAACUCUCUCCCAUACUUUGUCACUGUUGGAAUGGGACCCAGACUUCAGGGUGAGCCAACUUGCUGGUCUGGCAUCAUCUUCUGGGAUAUCACCGACAUUGAGAACCCAAAGCGUGUUGGAUGUGCCGGAGAGGACGGAUAUGUCCACGACAUUCAAUGCUUGAUUUACAAGGGACCUGACACCAAGUAUGUCGGCACCGAUGUCUGCUACGGCUACAACGAGGACACCUUGACCAUCUACAACGUCACCGACAAGGCCAAUGCCAGCAUUAUAUCAAGAACUUCCUACACCGGAGCUUCGUACACUCAUCAGGGAGAGGUUCUCGACAAGGAAUGGCAACAGUACAUCAUUCUCGAUGACGAGACCGACGAAGUCAACCUCCGAGGCCCAGCUGCCGACAGAUACCCCGUCACCUACGUCUGGGACAUCUCCUCCCUCGAGGCACCAAAGCAAACCGGUAUCUACAAGGGAACCACCACCACCAUCGACCACAACCAGUACGUCAUCGGCGACCACGUCUACCAAUCCAACUACGGCUCCGGUCUCCGCGUCUACGACAUCUCAUCCAUCCCCGAGAACUCCAAGGGAACUGAUGUCUGCGAGGUCGCCUUCGUCGAUAUCCUCCCAGAGGAUGAUAACCUUCCAGGCGGUGGAAAUGUCACUUACUCUGGCACCUGGUCGCACUACCCCUACUUCAAGUCCGGCUACAUCUUCGUGCACACCAUCGAGCGCGGUGCAUUCGUCGCCAAAGCCGCUGGCGCUUUCCCCAAGUGCAAGAAGUCCUGCAACGCCGACAACUGUCUCCGUGGUAUGCGAUCUGCCGACAAGCUCGAGGAGAGCAAGGCGUUCUGUGGAGAGUUCACCAAGACCGUUAAUGUCAAUGUGACGGCUCUUGCCUCGACUGUUCCGUAUGUGGCUAAUGCUUGCUCCGGAAAUGUCAUCUCGAGGGUUAGCUCGGCUUGUGCUUGUUUGCCCACUGCUUAG